AUGGCGCCCGUUCGUCCAGCAAACCGCAAGGCAUCUAGCGGCCGAGGCACGAUACCCUCGGUCAAUCACAGCUUGUUUGAAGAUGACUUUCGCACAACGAAAAAGGACAAGCGCCUGAUCAAGCACUCAACUUUCAUUUCAAAGGUGGCGAAGUCUCAAAAGAAGACAGUCAAGCGUCGACGGCCGUCAAAAAAGCUUGUCGCCAGCCUCGAUUCCCUCGCCGAUGCCCUUCCCGAUGCCGACGAUAAGAACGCGUCUGAGGAUAUUAACCAAGCCCAUAUCAUAAAACACAAGACAUUAAAACACCGCCCGGGGGCUAUGAAAAGGAAAGAGAAAAUGGAGCAAUUCGAGCGAAGCCGAUUCAUGAAAAACAUGGCGCAGAUGACCAGUCUUGAACACAACGUCCCGAAACCACAAAAGGAUAGCCCUAAGACAACAGUGACAGAAUCGAACUCAACCUCAACAUCAAACCGAUGGGCAGCGCUCAGAGGGUUCAUCUCCCAGACCAUGGAGCAUCAGCCUGCUUUCAGAAACACCAAAUGA